GAUAUAUAUAAGAAGAAAAAGGAAAUGCAGUUGAAAUGAAUUUUGUUUACUUAUCGUUAGUUGAACUGUGUUUGUUCUGUGUUGGCUCAGUGUUGUUGGUUCAGAUAUAAGUACCUAGGUACAAGUGAAUACGGUAAUAUAUACAUACGUUUGUCGCAGUUUGAUAAUUCUUUUUAUUAUUAUAAUUAUGACAAAAAAAUUGGUAUGUGGUGUGUUCUCGUAUAAAAUCGUCUCCAUAGCAUUGCUGAGUUAUCCUGUGCUGAGUAUUAUUGGCUCCUUGCUCUCAAAGUUCACCAAAGCAGAAGACUCUUUUGAGGUUCAAACGAUUGACAUUAUGGUAGCCUUCCAUUUUUUAUAUAUUUGCAUCAGCGGACUGAUUGGCAUUCAAAAGAAAAAACCAUCUCUUUUGAAGCCGGUCUUAUGGACAAUAUUGUUUUUUAUUGUUGCUGUGUUGGCUCUUUGCAUUCAUUAUAUCGUGGUAGAGUUUGACUUUAAGAGUGGCCGAUUCAGUAGCCGUGACGUCAGCAUAGAAUUCCAAGAAGUUUUGAUGGCUGAACUCGAGCUUCUUUACAUUGGACAUAUCAUUUCAUCUUAUUACUGGGACCUCCUUGGUGAAUAUCAGCUACCCAUAAUGGACUUGGACAUAUUCGUCUAGAUUGAAUCCAUCGUCUGAAGUACUAUCUGCAUUAAACAUUUGGAUUUUCAAUGCCAUUGAGUACCCAUCUCUGCUUAAGUUGGUUGUUUUGAAUGCUUAUGAUUAUAAAAAAAAAUAAUGAUGAAAAUGAAUUAAUUAAGUACCUACUAUUAAGGAUAAUGUAUUAUUUUCUCAGCUUUGAAAUUUUAGUGUAGCAAAGUACGAAAGAUUUCAGGAAGAAAUAUUAGGUAGUUUGUUAUUUUCCUUUGGCUGGGUUGAAAAAUAAAAUACUUUAAAGAAAAAUUGACGGUCGAGUGACCUUAAGACUGAGAGGUUUGUGAUGGGCUGUCACAAUUUUUGAAAUUGUAUGGUCGACGAAAUUCGAAUUUUUAGACAAUUCUAAAAAUGUAGGAACACAAUAUCACAUUUUUCGAUUUUUUGGAGAAAGGGUGGAUUUUUGACUGUUUCGGACCCAAAAAAAUACCCUUUCGGAGGCGCAGACUUGAAAUCACAUCAAAACUUCAAGAAACACCACUCGUGACUAGAAAAGAUUCCCGAAGUUGUAGCUGCCCAACCGUGUUUUCUUCACCAAUUUUGGGAAAUCUUUUAAACAUUCGAAGCCCGAAAUAUACCGCAUGGUCCUUAUGACUUUCUGGUGCUUGACAUAUUCUAAGAAUUACUACUAUAAGUAUUUUGCUUUGUUAGGCACAUUUUUUAAUUUUUCUACAGGUGGAAUUGACCAAAAAUCAAAAUUUUGAGACCUUUGGAUCCCUGUGGGAUUGGUAAUGUUGCGAUUGGGUAUCUAGCUAUAAAUUUUGUGUUUGACUAUCCCGGGGGUCUUCUCACUUUCGAAAAAAAAAAAUCAUGAUCUAUAAAAAUACACCACUGAAUGAAAAAAUUUUGAGUACAGACGAAGUUCAUUUUUCGAUUUUUGAUAAUUUAAAUCCAGCUGUCAUUUUCCAGAUGGAAAAAUUACAUUUUGAACCUAAUUCUGAUAGUUGAAUUUUGAAAAUUUAUUUAUUUAUAGACCUUAUAUGAAUAGAUAAGUGGGGGUUUCGAGACGUACAUUAGGUGAGUAGUUCUAACACCUUGUAUUCCAUAAAAAUCCAUGUGUACCUACUUAUGUAUAUAGGUAAUUUUAUUUUUAUCAGUUUUUUUCGUUUCUUGAAAAUUUUUGAUAUCAACAUACUUACCUAUAAGCAGCUUUAUUGUUUUUUGUUCAUUUUUUUUCAACAAAUGCAAUUAUUUAAAAAAAUUUAUAUUUAAUGUUGAAUAAAUGUAUCUACUGACAAAGGAA